AUGGAGUACCAGAUGUGUGUGUCGCUGGGCAUGGGCGGCUACUGCGACUGCGGCGACUCGGAGGCCUGGAAGCGGGACCCGUGCUGCGCGGCUCACCAUCCGGCGGCCGGGCCGCAGCCAGCCGCCGCCGCCCGGCCGGAGCUGGCCGGCAAGGCGGCGCUGGUUUUCAGCGCCGCGGUGCAGUAUGCGCUCUGCGUGUUCACCCCCGACGCCUCGUUGAUGAAGAUGGUGCCGCUAGACCUGGACCUGGGACGGGAGCAUUACCCGACCAGGAACGUGCGCUACGCCGCUACCCUCUACAACUUUGGCGUCUCCGUCUACGACAAGGUGGCCGAGACGAUCACAUCCUGCACGCGCUGCUCGCCGGAGGAGGCGCGCGCCGCCGCCGCCGCCGUCCGCAGGGAGGGCGUGGCCAUUCUGCACUACAGCGACUUUAACGGCGCCGACGAGAUGCGGAAGCGGCUGAAGCUGGACCAGCACCGCUCGCUGCGCCGCACGGAGAUCCACGUGGUGCACGCGCACGUGGUGGCGCACCAGCGGUUCGUGCUGCGGCUGGUGCGGCACCUGCGCCAGCUGCUGGAGGACCGGCCGGCGCUGCGACCCAUCUUCAGCGCCGUCAUGGCGGAGACGGUAGGAGGCUCCGGCUCCUUGCCGUGCCUCCUGGAGCGGCUCAUGGCGUGCGAUUCGCGACAAUGGAAGCAGAUGCGCCACGAGACCCACCUCCUGCUCAUACAGGGCAUGCUUAUGGACAUCGAGUCCAAGAAGUUCUUUGCUGAGGUGUUCACCAGCCGCUACCAGGAGCAGACGCUGGACUCGCUGCCGUGCCGGGUACAGGAGCAGGGCACGGUGCUGGACCUCUCGGUGCAGAUCUACACGGUGCCCUCCAUAGCGCACCACCUGCUGGCCCACCACAACGCCUUGGCCGUCGUCCUCGGCACCAUGGUGGACGAGUGCUCCACGUAUACACACGGAGGUCAGCUGGUCCUCCGUGACGUGUCCUCGGACGUGGACGCGCGGCGCCGGUUCGACCGCCAGCUCUCAUGCCUGAUGGACGCGCGCUACCUGCUGAGCGUGGUGCCCGACGAGCGGAGCGAGGCGGUGCGCGCCGGCGUGCGGCGCGGCCUGGACGCCCUGCUAGAGCUGCUCUUCUUCUGCGAGGGCAUGGAGCCGGUGGUGCGCGCGCAGACGGCGCACGUGCUGUACGACACGCCGUACGAGCUGCAGCUGACGGUGGCGGUCAGCCUGGCGCCGCUGGUGACCCAGCUGCUGGAGUGGUGCGCCGCCGACCGGCAGCUGCUCGUGUACGCCUACAGCGCCGUCCUGCGCAAGCUGCACGCGCGGCUGCCGCCGGACAAGUACUUCCGUCGUGACCGGGCCGCGCUGUUCGGCCGCUCGCUCAGCGUCAGCCAGUACACGGUCACCACCAUCCCGGUGUCGCUGGAGCUGCCACUUUCCCGGCUGUUCGCCGGCCUCCACCUGCACUUGGCCGCCCACGGCCUCAGCUACGGCAGCGCCGAGUUCGCCUCGCUGCCGGAGCGCGUCUCGCCGCUGCAGCUGCUCGAGCGGCCACUGCGCGCACUCGUGAUGGAUGCCCAGGUGCGCGCCGGCCAGUGGAAGCGGAACGGCCGCUCGCUCGAGGUCAUGUGCAGCUGGUACUCGCUCUCCAUGCAGGUGGUCGACAUGCGGGACCGCGACCUGCAGAUGGCGCAGAUCUGCGCCUCGCUGCUGGACAGCGACGAGUUCGUGACGACGCUCAUGUUCCGGCACGGCGCCAACCUGUACCUGACGGCCGGCGCCGAGGGGGCCAGGCUGGAGGACGGCGCCGACCGGGACAUGCGCGAGCACAUGGAGAACAACAUGGCCGACUUCCUGCUGCUGCUGAUCCACGUGUUCGGCGAACGGUUCCACCCGGGCGUCGGCGAGGUCACCAAGGAGCAGUGUGUGCAGAACGAGGUGAUCCAGUUCCUGUGCGUCAAGCCGAUGGCGCACUCGCAGGUGGCCAAGCGGCUGCCGGAGGCGGACGUCAGCCUGCUGGAGACGGCCGUGCACCAGGUGGCCGACUUCGCCGUGCAGGAGGACCACCGCGGCCUACGCACCUACCAGCUGAAGCCAGAGUACUACUCACGCUACAACUGCAUGUGGCACCACUUUUCGCGCCACGACCGCUCGCAGUCGGAGCGGCUGCAGCGCAAGAGGCGCCAGGAGACGGGCGACCCGUCGUGUCUGCCGCCGCCGUCGAUGCCUCCCUUCCAGCCGUCGCUGCGCUCGGUCAGGGGCGUGCUCGUCUGCCACACCACGCUGCACACCAUGCUGGCCGUGCUGAAGAGGCUGACGGAUGCCGAGCCGGCCGCCUUCUCCGAGGCCAUCUUCCAGCGCACGCUCUUCCUGAUCGGCAUGGCGCUGAACGAGGAGGAGCGUCAGGUGGGCCAGUCGGCCGCCUUCAGCUUCUCGGAGCCCGCCCACCAGGUCGGCCUCGACCGCGCCCUUCGUCAGAUGGUGGGCAGUCCUCGCGUCAGCUCCCACGCCGACCUCCUCGCCUGGGUGAUCGCCAAGCUGGACCGGCUGCUGGGCCGGAUGCAGGCGCAGCAGAAGAAGUUCAUUGCGCAGAACGUGGCGGCGCUGGCCGAGGAAGAGGAGCGGCCGGCGGCCGAGGGCGGCAGGCUGGCGGCGGCUGGCGGCGGCUCCGCCAUGGACCUGAGCGAGUGUGCCGGUGCCGAGGAGUGGCCCGUGUGUCUGGGGCCGCGGCAGACGGCGCGGCCGGCCACCGCCGCCGAGUACACCUGCAUCCUAUGCCAGGCCACCGAGCAGGUGUCCAGCACCCGCCCGGCCAUGGUGAUGGCCGCCUUCGUGCAGCUGUCGACUGUGCUGUCGCGCGACCGUUCGCCGGCCGGCGAGCCGCCCACGCUCUUCGUGCCUGCCAGCCUGCACCGGCUGCCGCACACCUCCAGCUGCGGGCACGCCAUGCAUGCCGCCUGCUGGAAGGCGCACUUCGACAGCGUAGCCAGGGAGCGGCGCAUCCACCCCAGGGUGCAUUACCUGUCCGGCUUCGACGUGCAGAAGCAGGAGUUCCUGUGUCCGCUGUGCCAGCGGCUGAGCAACACGGUGGUGCCGCUGGUGCCGGAUGGCACGCGCCGCCGGCCGGCCGGCGAGCGCCCCAGCGGGGACCACAUCUCCGUCUGGCUGACUGGUCUGCUGCACGCCAGCACUCUCUCGGCGAGGACUGCGCGCCUGUGUUUUGGGCGCUAG